CUUAGAGAAAGAAAGAAAAAAAUAAAGCAAAUGAACUAAUCUAGUCUAGUCUAGACUCUAGUUACUUAUGUAUGUAACAUAUUAUAGAUAUACACUAUAUAUUUCUCUUAUUUCUACUGUAGAUUCAUAGAAAUUGUAAAAUUAUUAAUGAACAUUAAAAGAAAAACCAUCACAUACCUUCCAAAAUAUCUGAAAUUUCCUGCUUCAAGUACAUUAGAUCUUUCUUUUUCUUUGGUAAUUUAUUACACUAUACAAGUAGUAAGUACAAUUUCUUUUAUCCACAUCUCCUCAAUUAUCUCAUUCUCAUCCUUAAAUCUUUUUUCUUUUGCUUUUUAAAGAAAAGGAAAAAUGAACAGAAGAGUCUCUCUAUUUCACCUACUAAUUUUGGUGUUGCUCAAUCCAAUCUCGUCAGUCCCAUCCUCGCCUGACCGUUUCACCAAGUCUCACUCGUACUCGUCCUCUAAUCUCGAACGCAAAUCAUCACAAGAGUACUUUGAGUUGGCCCAACCUCUACCGUCCGAUGAUCUGACCCCAUCGUUGACCGUAACAGUCUUACGCCACUCCUUCGCUAAUACCAUCAACGGCCCUCCAUUCUCCACCCCUUACUCUCCGCCGUCCGAUUGCCCUCCACCAUGGUCCUUCGUCGUUCUCGAGUUUCGUGCCAAAUGCAAAGGAGAACAGUACGACCGCAUCGCCGCACUUUGGCUCGGCGGCGUCGAGAUCCUCAGAACCAGCACAGCCGAGCCGACUGAGUGUGGAAUCUUCUGGAAGGUUCGGAAGGAUGUUACCAGGUACUCUUCUCUUCUCUCUCGUCAAGAACUAGACCUUACUAUGAUGCUCGAAAACGUAGUCAACAAAGAAUACACCGGCGUUUACCACGUCGAGGUCGACUUUCUCUAUUACAAUGUCUCAGCAAUCAACGAGCCCAAGGUCAGGCUUCCUAUUUCGAUUGAGAAUCUAGAGCUUGAUAGUGAAGACUCGAAAUUAGGCUUGGAUUCUUUUGAAUUAGAUGCAAACUUUGGGAUUUCAGAUGAGGAGCCGGCGGAUAUGAUUAUUCCGAUAGCCGAUUCCGGAGAAAGGGGAUUUUGGUUCAGAGUUGAGAGCGAGUUGGAGUUGAAAUCGAGGGAAAUUCAAUUCCCUAAAAACACUCGCCGAGCUGUAGUGGAAUUGUAUGUGUCGUUUCAUGGAAACGACGAAUUUUGGUACUCGAAUCCUCCGAAUUCUUAUAUCACUAUGAACAACUUAGAUACAGCUCGGGGAAAUGGAGGUUUCCGAGAGGUUUUUGUGACCAUCGAUGGAGAGAUAAUCGGGUCAGAAAUUCCUUUACCAGUGAUCUUCACCGGUGGGAUCAAUCCAUUGUUCUGGGAACCGGUUGUGGCGAUUGGAGCAUUCAAUCUCCCUUCGUAUGAUUUUGAAUUGACGCCAUUUUUGGGAAAACUUCUGGACAAGAAAGUUCAUAAACUCGGAAUUGGGGUCUCCGAUGCUAUCUCAUAUUGGCUUGUUGAUGCCAAUUUACACCUUUGGUUAGACCCCAAAUCGGAAUCAGUUGAAGCCAAAUCAAGUUUUGAUGAAAACCCAGUUUUUGAAAUCGAGAGAAAUUCGGAGUUCAAGAAACUUGAUGGGUCUUCCAAGGUGAAAGCUGAGAGGAAGACCCAACACACGGGGUGGGUUAAGUGGAGUGGUGGAAAUUACACCACUACAUCCACUCACAACUACAAGUUCAAGUCCAAAAUCAGAUUCCGGAACAAUGGAGCCUCCAAAUCUGUUAAGCAAAAAAUCAAGGGAAGCAGAAAAGUUGUGAUUAGAGACGUGGGCAAUAGAAAAAUAGUAGCCAUGGAAAGCGUCAAGAGAAGAUACCCUUUGAAACUCUUCACUGAAACACAACCGGGUAGGCGUGAGAACACCUAUUUGCUAUUGACGAAUGUGUCUCAUGCCUUGAAAGAGAAGCGUUUUCAUGGCGGCUAUCUGAAGCGACUCCAGAAUAGUCAGGUGUCCGGGGGAUGGAUGGAGGUGAAGGAUCACUCUGUUAUUUCCGGUAAUGCUUAUACCAAUCAGACUUUUAUUUACAGAGACAAGUAUGGUUCUUAUUCCACAAUUGUAGACUCCGAAAAUGGCAAAAUUAUUAGAAACAGUACAGCCCUCGGAAGUUUGCCUUUACUGUCAUCGUAAAUUUCAUUAACUUUUUCUUUUUCUUUUCAAGUAGUAAUUUGUGUUUUCUAGUCAAGAUAAAGAAAAGGAAAAAAAUCUGUUUCCUUUUAUAAUACGAGAUUUCUUCGUUUA